AUGCAAGAUUUUGGAAAGGACACAGCCAAAAUAGAGGAUGCGUCUGCCUGGGUCAGUCUGAAUACUUUUACGGGUCGAAUCACGAACAAUGGCCUCGUGGAUUUCUCACUUUAUGCCAUUAUCGAGAUUCCAAAGGCUCUAGAGAAAGAGAUCCCCCCAUCCGGGCCAACGCGAGACUUUAAGCUUAGGACUGCCAACAACUGGAUCCUCGCAGGCGGUGUCAAGCUCUUCAAGGACGCUCGCAAGGCUGAUACCCUCGAUGAAGGGGGGGGGGGCUGCCUUGGUUACGAGGCCACACAGGUAGCUUGUCGCAUGGAGAAGAUUAUGGAGGACAAUGGCCAGCCAGAGGCUCGACGGCUUGGUACGACUGAGGAAGAUGGUCGGGCCGAGGAAAAGAUGAUUCUAGAUGUCGGUAUUAAUUAUGAAGAGUAG